UAGAUCUCCGAAAUUCUGAAGAAAUCCUUUUCGACUCCGGCUGCAUUCGUCGAAGGCGCCAUGGUUCUAAACUCGACUGUUUCGUCAAUUGUGAGCGACUUUGUUACGAGUUCACCUGAUAUGAAUGUCAGCGCAAACUGUUCCAGUUCAGGAACGUCAUCUAUAGAUCUCACCACUGUUGAAGGCGACUUCAAAGCCCUACAGUGGGCCAUGUCUAUCACGAUAGUCGUGGAAGUUCUCGGUGCUCUCUUCUUUUUCGGAACAGCAUGGUACAUCGUGGAGGACAAAGCCAAAGUUGAUCUCGCAGUAGCAGACGGCUCACGCGGUUUCCGAGCCGUAAGCAUGAAGGAGUUGCCCGCGUCCUUGAUGUGGAACAGCCAUCCCUCUGACUUGGUGACGUCUAAAAUAAUAGGUUUGGGAUUCGAUGAUGAAACGAGGCAACUAUCGCCGUCAAGAAAUCGGCGGCCAGACAGCAAUGGAACACCCGAAGAAGAGCAACCCAUCACCAUCAUCGCUCCAGCUUCCGAUUAUCUUUCGGUCAUUUAAAAAAGGAACAAGAAAAGAUCCCUCCUGAACAUAAGAGUUGUUGCGCAUUCUUUGUUGAUGGACCCUUUUGUUUCUUCAUGGACAAACCCAACCCCUUGUCUAGUCUUUCGUGGCUCCGUGUUUAGACUCAUCCAAAUCAGGACCCCUUCCUAAAUUAUCAGUCUCUCAUUCCCGACCUGUUCCCGGCUUGAGGCAAAAGGCUGUACGCAUUGACUUAAUUUAUACGAUUGUUAUCAACCGAGAUGCUCAAAACAUCACUGUUGUAGACAACUCCUCUUCCUAGCACCGACUAGAUUUUUUUUUUCGUUGUUAAGAUUCUCUUUGUGUGCUUGCUUUUUUAACAACACAAAUAAGCUAUUACCUGCUAUGAAUUCUGCCAAUGACAUCUUAUCAGAAGUCAUAGUUAAAGUUGAUAAAUUUGUUAGUUUUCAAAAUCAAGAGGAAACGAUCAAGAAAGAAUUAGAUACCCGAAUCCGUUCCAUCCUCAACAAUUCCUACUCUGUUGUUGUUGGUCCUUUGGAGAAAAUUCCACCUGGAGCAGCCUUCAUUUUGCACGGCUACUGCGACAACUUCGAGGCUCCAUUCAA